AUGGGGGCGUGGUGGGUCGGCACCCUCUUGCUGGGCGGCUACGCUGCACUGGCAGGCAUCACCGACCACUACGUUGGGAGCCAACCCUACAUGACCGAGCGCUACUGCCGGGGCGAGUUCUGGGUCUGGGACCCCAUGAUCACCACCUUUCCCGGACUGUACUUUAUCUUCGCACUUCUGUUCAAGGUGGCCGACGCCGUGCGACAAGCAGCGGGCCUCCACCAUAACUACGGCGCUUGGUCCCUCUGCUCGGUGGAGGCCAUGCGCGGCAUGAACACGCUCUUCGGCGUGCUCAACUUCUUCCUCUUCUACCAACUGGUGGCCAUGCUCUAUCAUCAUAACCAGACCUCCUCCUCGCUGCGUGCUGGUCGCGGCUAUCGAUCGGCACAGCGCGUGCUGAUGGCUCUGCUGCCGCACCUAUUCCCCGUCCAGUUCUUCUUCUACUUCCUCUACUACACCGACACUGUCUCGACCUUCUUCGUGUUUCUGUGCUACUACCUCUCCCUCUGCGACAGAACCACACUCAGCGGCUUGGUGGGAUUCCUCGCAGUCGCCUGCCGACAGACCAACAUCGUGUGGGUGUGCUUCAUCGCCUUCUCCAUGGUGUUGCGCCAAUAUUACAAGAGCCGCGGUGGCAGCGACGGUGCCGCCAGCACGCUAGGUUUGCUCCGCUUUGCUGUGCAAAAUAGUCGAUCCAUCUGCGCGCGGCUAUGGACCUUCCUGGUGCUCGCGGCCUCGUUUCUCGUCUUCGUGUACCUCAACGAAGGCAUCGUCAUUGGCGACCGCACUCAGCACAGCCCGCGCUUGCACUUUGUGCAGUUGUUCUACUUCCUCGCCUUUACCGCGGCGUGGGUUUGGCCGCGACUGCUCCUCGGCGUGGUUGGCGGAGUCCGACGACGCGGAUGGUCCGUCAUUGUGAAGCACAACGCCGUGCAUUUUGUGAUCGGAGCGGUCGCAACCCUCCCGAUCAUACUCUACUUGAUUCACAACUACACGUAUGCGCAUCCCUACCUCCUUGCGGACAAUCGUCACUACCCCUUCUACGUGUGGAAGAACUUCUUUAGAAGAAACGAGAACUUCAAGUACGCCUACUCUCUCGUUUACUACGCGGCCGGCUUCGCCCUGUGGAAGCUACUCGGCACCAAGGUCUCGCCGCUCUGGCGCUUGGCCUACUUCGCCUGCACGGCGGUGGUGCUCGUGCCGGCUUCGCUGCUCGAGUUCCGCUACUUCAUCAUCCCUUUCCUCUUCCUUCUCCUGCACACCAUGCCUUCGGCGCCCGGCCUGAUCGACGCUUCCGUGUGCUGCGCCUCCUCUUCCUCCUCCUCUGCACGGCACACGGCAACGUGCACGAAGGACGGCAGCGGCGGCAGAGCGGGACAGGGCCGGGGAGAGAAGGACCGGCGAAAGAAGCCCAGAAGCGACGGCGCCGGAGCGCUGCUCGACAAGGCGAACCUGGCGUGCCUCGCGGUCGAGUGCCUCACCUUCGUGGCCGUCAACGCGGCCACGCUGUACAUCUUCGCGCUACGGCCCUUCGCCUGGCCAUCGGGCGAAGUGGCACGCAUCAUGUGGUGA